UAUUCGGAUACAAAAUUAGCGCAAUCGUCUAUUUGAAUUGUGCAACGAAAAUGCGGGGGAUGUCACAACUACGCAGCAUCAUUUUUGUAGUGUCGUUGGUCAGCACCAGUGUUAUCUACGUCCUCCUUCACCAUCAUCCAACCAUAUUUUAUCAACAGGCGAUGAAACAGGCAUCGAAUCAAACGGAAGACAUCAGAAAUCAACGCCAAAAAGAAAUUCAUUCGAAAAGUAACAGCGCGUCGUCGGCAUCAGCAUCAACAGGGCUCGAUCGAAAGUUAUUUGAUUACAUGGCGACUUAUUUGCGCGGAACACCUUAUCCCGGAGUGGGCAACUACACCCGUUAUUCGGUGGCCCGUUUAGGGCUGUCGAAAUUGGCCGGAAUGGAGCCGCUCAAGCCAGAAUACGGUCCCGUGAUUAAUGACGUCACGUCAUUCCACUACCCUAUCUCCGUCCCAGCGUGUCGUCUGAAUGCCAACACCGCCGCCAGCAGCAAACCGAGUUUAUUCGUGACUGUGAAUUCGGCCCCGGGUAAUUUUGACAAACGAAAAAUGAUCCGGCAGACGUGGUUGAAUCAUUUGAAAGACGAAAAUAGGAAUAAGAAUGGUUCGUUCAGUCUGGUUGGCUUCGCCUUCACUCUGGGCAUGACGGACAACAAUGAGACGCAAUCCAAAAUCCAAGAGGAGAGCCAAACUCACGGAGACAUCAUCCAGAUAGGAAUGUCCGAUUUCUACCGGAAUUUAUCCCUCAAAGUGGCCGGCCUCUUCAACUGGUUGUACAACCAUUGCCCCGACAUUGAUUUUCUCUACAAGGUGGACGACGACGUCUACAUCAACGUCCGCAAUCUCGCCCAGUUCCUAGUCCAGCACCGGUCGAACAAAAGCAGCAUGUUUGGUUCCUAUUACGGCUACGGUAGCGACUACAUUCCCAAUCGAGAGGGCAAGUGGAACAUUACGCAUGAAGAGUGGCCAUGGAAUCUGUACCCCCGUUACUUUAAUGGACAGGCCGUUGCCAUUUCGGGAAGCUCAAUCCUUCCGCUAUUGGCUGCUUUUCAAACGACGCCCAUGAUGCCUUUCGACGACGUCUACUACAUUGGCAUCUGCACAGAAAGGAACGGCGUGACGUUGCAGUUUGCCUCCGCAUCGACUAGCUUCUACUCGAUGCCCGAUUCCGACCUAUCAACGCCCUGCCGUCUACGACAUUAUGUCGCUUGGGUCAUUACCACCAGCGACGGGAUGAACAGCUCCCACGUAGCAACCGACGAUUUCUACGCCAAUAGGACCCAGUGCUUCGUCACCAAUUCAAACGGAACCAAUACAACCAUCGACCACACCCAUGCGCCCGUAAAAUUUACCUUUGUACCUUUUUCCUACUCGUAAAACGGUUGUCGCUGUUGUUUCUAAAUCAAAUUAUUCCAGUCUGAAUUCAAUCUGCUCUAUACAGCUGCAAAUAAAACGCACCUAUAGGCUACGAUUAUUCCGCUAUGACCAAAUUAUUUAUUAUCGGCCGGAAUAUAUUUUUUUUCCGUUACCGCUGUCUUUUGUAAUUGACGAAUCUCUACGACUACAGUUGAACAUAACUCUUCAGCGUUAAGUUACCGUUAUUCAAUUUCGGCAUCACUGAUCCCUGAAAAAAAAUGUUGUAUUUAUGCCAAUCAAUAACUAAUUAGUAAAUACUAAAGUAAAAUUAGUCGUGAAUAUUGUAUUUAAAAAAUGAUAAUUCAGAUAUAGAGUUAUAGACGAGUAGGAUAAAAUAUUUGUCCAAAAUAA